UGGCGACGCCCUACCGGCACUGAAGUGAUGGCGGCCAUGUUGCGAUGGCGCCUGCGGGCGCCGCUCCUGACCCGGGCAGGUCCCGCCGGUGUCACCGUGCCCCGGGCAGGCCUCAAGAAGCUGGUGAUGCCUCCGGACUACAGCGGGAUCGAGAUCCCGGAGAAGCCGAAGCUGAAGUUCAUGGAGAAGGUGCCAGCGGUGCCCAAGAUGCGCCGGGAGCCACGGCGGCUCCGGGACAUCCGUGGCCCAUCCCGGGUGGCCACUGACUUCACCCAGGGACAAUUCGGGAUCCUGGCUCUGGGCGGCGGAUACCUUCACUGGGGCCACCUGGAGAUGCUGCGCUUGACCAUCGGGCGCUCCAUGGAUCCCAAAUCCAUGUUUGCCAUCUGGCGCGUGCCGGCGCCUUCCAAACCGGUCACCAGGAAGAGCUUAGGGCACCGCAUGGGAGGUGGCAAAGGCCCCAUUGACCGCUAUGUGACUGCCAUCAAGAGCGGGCGCUUGCUGGUGGAACUGGGUGGACGCUGCGAGUUCCAAGAGGUGGAACCGUUCCUAUUGCAGGCAGCUCGGAAGCUCCCAUUCCCGGCCAUUCCCAUCAGCAGAUCCGGUCUGGAACGGAUGCGUCGGGAAGAGGAGGAGAGGAAGCUCCAGAACCAGAACCCAUGGACCUUUGAGCGUGUGGUGAGAGCCAAUAUGUUGGGGAUGCGCCGGUACCUGAGCCCCUAUGACCUGCACCUCCAUGGGCGCUACUGGGGCAAGUUCUUCCUCAAGCACCGUGUGUGAUGGGAAAAGGGAUUAAAGCUUCCC